AGGCACUGCUAGAAAAAACAACUGGAGAGGAAAUUUUUCGGGUCACAUCGGAAUAUCUUGACCAGGGAGGACUUACAUGGGAAAACUGCACAAGUGUUUGCACUGAUGGAGCUGCAGCUAUGGUCGGGCGCACCAAAGGCUUCGUGAGUCGAGUGAAGGAAGGAAACCCAGGUCUGAUUGUUACGCACUGUUUUUUGCACCGUGAGGCCCUCGUCGCUAAGACUUUACCAGCAGAACUGGUUCCUGUGUUGGAUGAUGUGGUGCGCAUAGUGAACUUUAUAAAGACACGACCUCUGAAAAGCCGGAUAUUCGCAUCUCUGUGUGAGGAAAUGGGAGCGGAGCAUAAAGCCUUAUUGCUCCAUACAGAGGUCCGAUGGCUGUCGCGAGGUAAGGUGCUGACCCGUGUGUAUGAGCUGCGAGAGGAACUUAAAAUGUUUCUAACAAAUGAGAGGUCUGAUUACUCAAAUCUGUUUGCAACUGAUGAGUGGUGCGCAAAGCUGGCAUACCUGGCUGAUAUAUUUCAUCAUCUGAAUGAACUGAACACAAGGAUGCAGGGCCGAAAUGAAAACCUGCUUACAAGCACAGAUAAAGUAAAUGGAUUCCGUUUAAAGGUGCACCUCUGGCAACAACAUGUGCAACGUGCCAACCUGGAGAUGUUCCACUGACAGAGAAACAGCAAAGUCCCACUGCUGCACUGUGUGAGGUAAUAGGUAAACAUCUGCAAAGUCUUAAGGAGAAGUUGUCAUUUUAUUUCUCUUCAGCCUCCACUGAAUGCUUUGACUGGGUUAGGGACCCAUACAGCUCAGCAUCAGUUGUUGGAAAGGUGGGACGUGCUUCUGUCCAUGUUGCUGACCGCCAUCUGUUUGCUUGUCCUACCAACGUCCUCGACCCCCGAGCAUGAGCCAGAUGACGCAAAGCUCCUCCAUGUGACCAUCCCGGCCAGUCCGCUCGUGUCCGCCGAGCUGGGCUCCUCGCUAACCUUGACCUGCUUGGUGUCGUUGGCCCAUCCGCCGCCGGCGCCAUCCACUAACGGCCGCCACGCCGUCCUGUCCCUGCCACGGGUCAAGUGGAGCCUGAUAGGCGACGACAAAAAGACGGAGAUCCUGGUUGCUCGUGGCGACAACGUGCAAGUCAGCGAGGCCUACGAGAGCCGAGCCUCACUGCUCCAUUACGGCGUAUCCCCGGCCGACUUGACGCUCAAGUUGGAGGGCGUAAGGCACAGUGAUGCUGGUUUGUACCGCUGUGAGGUGCAGCAGGGCCCCGAGGACGCCUUUGAUGUCAUAGAGGUUAAGGUUAAAGGGUUGGUGUUUCAUCAUCGGGAUGCAUCCAACAGCCACUCCUUCACCUUUGAGCGAGCACGCCAGGCCUGCCAGGCUAUCGGGGCACAAAUCGCAACCCCUGAGCAGCUCCUGGCGUCUUUCCACAGCGGGUACGAGCGGUGCCGCGCAGGAUGGGUCUCAGACCGCUCGGUCAGAUAUCCCAUUUGGGAGCCGCGAGACGGCUGCUUGGGCAACGCUGAUGGACUUCCAGAAGUGAGGAACGCUGAAACAUUGGAGCUUGAGCAGGUGUUUGAUGUUUACUGCUACGUGGGGGAUAUUGCAGGUGAGGUGUUCCAUGGCUCCAUCUCUGAGGGUUUCACCUUCUGGGAGGCCAAAGCUCACUGCCUGAGGGAGGGGGCGGAGCUAGCCAGCCCCGCCCAGCUGUAUGCAGCCUGGAAUGAGGGACUGAACCAUUGCAGCUCAGGGUGGCUGAAAGAUGCCAGUGUGCGACACCCCAUCCCAACUCCGAGGGGUCGUUGCGAAAUUGUGGAACCCCUGGGGCCAAGCAACCAGACGAUGUUCCCUGAAGAUCAGAGCCGGCAUGACGUCUACUGUUUCAGAGGCAAUCUUCACAUCCCAUCUCCAUCGUCUUUUCUUACAACUGAACCAGAGCACAUCAGCUAUCUUCGCUCUACACUCCCCAUCACAGAGGAGACACUCACCACUACAGGGGAGGAGGAGGCCCACACAAUAAGUUCUGUAACACAAAACCCUCUGGAGAAGGACUCUUUGACAUGGGGGGUUCCUCUGUCUGUGACUCUGGAGCCCGAGGAGAUCAGUGAGUCCCAUCAUCAAGAACUUCACAUAGAGCUUGGUCGUCAUCCAGCAUCUUCUGAUGCCGAGAGGCCGGUGUCCUCAGAGCCGCCAAGCCUCGAGAUCCUUAUUUUGAAUGCAACAUCAAGACCAGAUGAGCUCAGCAGCUCCUCGGAUGAACAUCAUCAUGUGGAUCACACCCGCACCCCAGAGGCUACGCCGCUCCAUCUGAGCACCUCUGGAGAUGUUUCCGGACAGGAGGCUGGAGUAUUUGAUGUGACGUCAUCCAUUCCAACAUCGCCUCACAGUGAAGAACCAAAUUUCUCCACCGUGUUACCUUUUUCUGACAAAAACACACCUGAGGACCAUCCAGAGGAGAGUGAGUCUGGAGAGGAGAGAGGAAAUGUAAUGACGGACAUCCUGGUUGCUAAGGAAACCACCACAAUGGCCUCCUCUGAGCCAUCAACUGAGUCAAGUUCUGAUGCUGGUGAGGAGCAUCCAGGUGAAGCGUCCAUCACGUCAGCGACACCAGGUGACCUCAGUCCACACGUCCAUCACGUCGAGAUCCCGACAGCAGAGGUCACUGUGAUGCCACGCUUCAGUGUGGACUUGAUCCACUCCUCUGCGAGCCCACCCGGCACCACCACCGAGGUUGUUAGCUUGAUCCCAGAUAACACUGAAACACAUGAUCACACAGAAUCAGUUCACAAUGUCACAGACCAUGAUGGACCUGAUGACCCAAGGGAAACCACAACCAAAUUAUCAGGUUUCUGGUCAGAAGACAGUCCAGAGGGCCUGGUCUUAUCAAACCCGACUCAAUUACCAGACCACCACGGUGAAUUUGGAACACAUGAACCUGAAACCACACAGAUCCCUCACGUGACAACACACAGGGAACCAGGACCUACCUCCUCUACACUGCCGGAGUCUGGAUCCAAUACAGAGUCCAGUACUCCCCUUUUUGUAACCUUGCAUGAAGUCACAAAGGAUGGAGCAGUGGACUGGACCACCAGCACAACGAGUGGACCUCAGGGAGAGGAGACCAUUACUGAUUUGGGCAAAAGAUGCACUGGUUGUCACCACCAACAUCACACCUUGGAGAACUUCACUGACCCAACUGUGGAGCCGGAAGUACCGACCGCCAUGGCUGCUCGACGUGAAGUCAUCUCAAGUACUGACUCGUGCCAGGAGCGGCCAUGUUUGAACGGAGGAACGUGCGUGGACGGCAAUGUGCCCACGUGCCUCUGCCUGCCUGGGUACGGCGGGGUCCUCUGCCAGACAGACGCCGAGGCGUGCGAGGACGGCUGGGAGAAGUUCCAAAGCUUCUGCUAUCGUCACGUGACCUCGCGGCAGAGCUGGGAGGGGGCGGAGCAACACUGCCGUACGAUUGGCGGACACCUGAUCUCCAUUAUGACCCCUGAGGAGCAACAUCACAUCAACGACAAAUACAAAGAAUAUCAGUGGAUCGGCCUGAACGACAAAACCAUCGAGGGAGACUUUCGCUGGUCGGACGGUAACCUUCUGCUGUUCGAGAACUGGCACAAAGGACAGCCUGACAGCUACUUCCUGUCCGGAGAGGACUGUGUUGCCAUGGUGUGGCACGACGGCGGGCGCUGGAGCGACGUGCCAUGCAACUACCACCUGUCCUACACCUGCAAGAAGGGCCUAUCAUCCUGCGGUCAACCGCCGACAGUUCCCAACGCCAAGCUCUUUGGUAAGACACGUGCACGCUACGAGACGCACGCCAAGGUACGCUAUCACUGUGAGCAAGGCUUCAUGCAGAAGAUGAAUCCCGUCAUCAGCUGCCUGCCCGGCGGCCAGUGGGAGGAGCCAAUGAUCGCCUGCCUACCAGCUCUCUCGCAGGAGGAACGCUCUGUGAGUUCAGCUCCUCAAACACCAAAGGAGGAGGAGAUGACGGAGGUCCACACGGAGAGCAGCUCUCCAAGUCUGGGACAUUCAUAAGUAGAACAUCUCAAGUCAUCCUCUGCUUUAUGGACUGUCACUAACCUUAGUUUUUCAAAUAAAAUCAUUGUAAUCCAGAACAGUACA